GUCCGUCGCAUCUCUCCGGAGCAGUUACACGCACACGGAAACUGUUAACUUCAACAAAUUAAACAAAUAUUCAAUUCAAUACGAGUUUAAAAUUGGAAAGAAAAAUAUUUGUGUUUUCGCGCACGUCUGUUCGUGAUGGCGGUUGUGUGUCGAGUGGCCGCCAUCUUGGUUUUGUUCAUAGCGUUGUUUGGCUUGGUGGUAGGAUGUGACGUCGAUGAUGUGGCUGUGUACAAAGUGUCGUUGGAGUUCCUUUGGAGUGAGGAGAGGUUCCCCAAGGAUUAUCCACAGAACCGGCCUAAGGCGCAGUGGUCACAAGUUUUUGGACAAUCCCACUCAGCCAACUACACCCUCUACCACAUAGGUUCAGUAGCCAAGCCUUCAGUGAGGGCUUUUUCUCAGUUCGGCAGAAUCGAUGAUCUGGUAAAGGAAGGUGAUGAUGAUCAGCUAGUCUACGACCAGUUCUCGGCAGGAGCAAUAGGGGCUGGGGUUGGGGAGACUGAGAACAUGGUGUUUGUUGAUGGAGGACAUAGCUUGGUGUCUCUAAUGUGCCGCAUGAUACCAUCGCCUGAUUGGUUCAUUGGAGUAGACGCUGUGAACCUAUGUGUAGACUCCUCCUGGGUGGAUCAGAUAACACUUGAUUUGGAGCCUUUAGAUGCGGGUGCAGCAAGUGGUCUGACAUUCACAGCUCCUCGUUGGGAGACCACACCCCCUGAUCCUGUGACCAGGCACAAACCGAGGCUGCCUGAUCAUCCAGCUGCUGGCUUCUACUAUCCAGAGCUUAGAGAACUGCCUGCGAUUGCUAAAGUGGAGUUAACAAAGGUGAAACAAUAUUCAACAAAGGAACUAAACGAUUUAGCUCGCAAAGAACUCAUGUCAGUUUUAAAAGCUAAAAACGAACAUAAAGGACUACCACGACUAACGACAGUUGACACUGAGGAUGUUGAUGACGUUGAAGAUGAAAAGACAUAUGAUCAUGAUGAAAUGACCAGGAAUAACCCCAUGGAUCAGCUGAAAAACUUAGAAGUAGAACCGGUUGGCACACCAAGACCGAAUAUACCUGAGAACUAUGUGGUCGUUGUGACUACACCGACGACUACAACGACUACAGAAAAAGAAUUUGAAGGCGAGCUCAAAAACAUGGAUGACGUUGUUUUAGCCGUCGCACACGGAAGAAAACUUGGCCUACACAAGCAUCUGCCUAGGCACUUCAGGUCACGCCUGCAUCAUGCUGUUAACAGGAUCCAACCCAAUGACUGCCUCGUCUCAGAAUGGAGUGCCUGGUCUCCUUGUUCAGCAACCUGCGGUUUCGGCGAUAAGCUCCGGUACAGAACUGUUAUACGCGAGAAGAAGCCCGGUGGUCGCGACUGUCCCACCCUGACUGAUAGGAAACAUUGCGGCAAUGUCAACUCUUGCGCACAUAUCGAUUAUUUUGAAUGGUAGAUUAAUUAUCGAAUACAUUUUAAUAUUUGAA